CCGGCUGCUGGGAUACCAUGUGCGUGCGGGCCGGAAAAGACUCGCAGGGUCGCAGUGGAAGACGACCUGCCAGGAUUCCCCUGCCCACAGCUGUGGGCCACCUGGCAUGGUGCUGGGGGAAGCCCCCGAGUCCGCUCAGUGCCCAUCCCGCACCACCAUGAAUGCCGAUGAUGUGGUUCGGUGGAAGCACAAGAACAGGAGCCGACAACACCAGCGGCUCAUGGCCCACAAGGCCUUGCUCCAAGAGCAGGGGCUGCUGAGCCUGCUGCCAGGGCCAGGGUCCUCGCAGACACCAGGCACCGAGGCUGCCAGCAGCAGAGGCUGGCAUCCACAGGCUGGAGCUGGUGUUGGUGGCCUUUGCAGCCGAAGACGCACCCCCAGGGAAGCCCCUGGACCCCUGCCCAGUAAGUGUGUGGCUAUCGACUGCGAGAUGGUAGGCACGGGCCCCCGAGGGCGAGUGAGCGAGCUGGCCCGCUGCUCCGUGGUCAGCUACCAUGGCGACGUCCUCUACGACAAGUACAUCCGCCCUGAGUUGCCCAUUGUGGACUACCGCACUCGCUGGAGUGGCAUCACCCGGAAGCAUAUGCACAAGGCCAUCCCCUUCCAGGUGGCCCAGAAGGAGAUCCUUAAGCUCCUGAAGGGCAAGGUGGUCGUGGGGCACGCACUGCACAAUGACUUCCAGGUUCUCAAGUAUGUCCACCCUCGGAGCCAGACCCGGGACACCACCUAUGUCCCAAACCUGCUCAGCCCGCCCAGCCUCCACUCCCGAGCCCGCGUCUCUCUGAAAGACCUUGCCCUGCAGCUACUACACAAGAAGAUACAGGUGGGCCAGCACGGGCACUCGUCCGUGGAAGAUGCCAUGACAGCCAUGGAGCUCUACCGACUGGUGGAGGUGCAGUGGGAGCGGCAGGAGGCCAGCAGGCCCUGGGCCCACCCCGAGGACAAGGGACCUGACAGUAGCACAGACAUGGAGCAGUACAUGGAGGACAAAUACUGGCCUGAGGAACUGGCCCAGGGCCCCAGAGGAGGAACGGAGGAGGCAGAGGGCUCAAGGGAGUGAAAGGAAGGAACCAGAGAGUGGGCAGUGGGGGCAGGGAGCACUGGACUGUCCAUUUUGUGCAGGGCAGGACACAGCCCGUGGUCCUCCCCACUGCCCACCUUGCCUUGGAGGAGAGGAGCCCCUUUUUCCUGACACCCCUGGUUUUGCUCUUGGCACUGUAUUAUCUCCAUGGUGAGGGCUGUGGACUGUGUUGUAGGACCCAGCAGGUGUAGGGAAGGUGUCAGCUGACAUCCCAGACUGUCACUGGCUUCCCCACCCCCAGGCUCCUGGGGUCACCAUGCUGUGCUAUGUGUAUCCAGGGGUCCCCUUUCUUUUGGGGGAGGGGAGAGAUUAGUAUCCUGGAGAUUCCUUGUCUCAACUGCGUGGCCGGGCAGUCAUGUUCCGGGUGACUCUGUCCUGAGGGCAGAGUUAAGGCCUCUGGAGGAAGUAUUUCUUCCCCAUCUCUGAGCUGGAACUCUAGCCACAGCCACUGUAGGACCUGGGUGCCUGCAGGGCCUGUCACCUCCGUGCUGGGCUAUGAUGGGUUAGUAGAGUCCACAGCUGCCUGUGAGGAGCUGGCCCAUCACAAGCCUGGCAUCAGAAGUCAGCCUUCACAGUCACCAGGAGGGAGAGCACAGUACGUUGGAGAACUGACCUGUUUGUUUUGACACAGUCAGGAAUUCCCCUGCCCACUCAGAGCUAGGCUUCCUUACUCUAAAGCCUGCAAGACAACAAGACUUGCCCCUGGUCUCUUAAGAACAGCAGCCCCAGUGUUGGGAAGCAGUGCACAUGUCCAUCAGGGUGGGCUCUGACACCUGAGCAGUGUCCAUGCCCCUCGCCUGGCCCCCUCAGCUCUGUAAUUGGUGGUUACUGUGGCUGUUGGGUUUUCACUUCUAGAAGUGUCCUCGGGGACACAGCUUCUAACUGCCUCUUGGCACUGGACUUUAGGCAAGUCUGUAACCUCCCCCAUGAGCCUGUCUCUAUCUGUAAAAUGGGGAGAAUGACAAAGCUACCUCACAGGGUUGUUAGGAGCCUCCUGCGGUGCCUGGCACAUACCUGCAGUAAGGAUGACACUGAACCCUCGUUGCUCAGCAGAGCAGCUGCGGCCCCAACAGAAAUGCCCUUGCUCAACUGCUCUAGCAGGGAGAAGGAAACUCAGGAGGUUCACAGUCAUCUGCAGAUCUUGGGCGGGGCUACCAGGUGCUGGCUUCUCACCAGCGUCCUGUCACUGUGUGCAGGAAAUGAUGACAGCAGGGCAGCACAGGGUCAGGGAGAGGGACACUACUGAACCAUACUACCCAGUCAGUAUCAGCUGAGGUCCUGAUUGCACAAACUCGGGGUCACGGAUGGGUUGGUCAGCAGAGGAGGGAGCUGGCUGGGUUCCAGGACUGAGUUCUGGAUUCCUUAAAAAUCUGUAGCUGGUGCCAGACUCAGGACUGGCAGGAACCUUGAUCACUUGGUGUGGGAGUUGGAGGAAGGUGAGCUGCUCGCCAGUAGGGAAGGGGACUGUUCAAAUCCAUUGUCAUAAAACCAAUUGUUCUGGAAUAAAACUUGGAAACAUGAGGGAGGUGGUCUCUUGUGUGAAUUCUCGGGCUGGAGCACAAGCCCCAGAGAUGUCACCCUUCCAGGUGAUGCUUUGGAGCCUGGCAAGAAAA